AAUGGAACACAAUUUGGAACUGGGAAAUUAUGAUCCUGCUUUCGUUUCCUGAAUUCAUUGAUUCUCGUUCACUUUCUUCUUCAAAACCCUAAUUUUUUAUUCUUCCAUUGAUUCAACAGUUAGUUUUCGAAGCUUCUUCAAUUCUACCGGUUUUGCGCCACAUUGAAUGGCGGAAAUUACCAAUAGAGAGGAAGAGGUCGCAUUUGAUGCGAAGCGGAAACCUACUGAUUCUUGCUUCCAACCCAAAGAGGAGCGUUCCAACAAAAUUCAGAAGCUCGAAGUGGUUGAGGGUGAAGAAUCCUGUAAUUAUGUGAACAACAAUGCUGAGAAUGGUGACCAUAAGGGAAGUGAUGAACAGGUUGAUAAUAUUUCUUCUACGGUUCUGGAAGGGAAGGGUGACGAUGGAGUUGAUGGAGCUAGUUUAGAUGCGGGAGAUGAGGAGGAGGAUUAUGAGGACGAAGACGAUAGUGAGGAUGAUGAAAAAUCGAGUGCGAAAGUGGCUGAGGAUCGGAAGGGGAAGGGGAUUAUGAAGGAUGACAAAGGAAAAGGGAAAUUGAUAGAGGAAGACGACGACGACGAUGAAGAUUCCAGUGAUGAUGGAAGCCAAUUGGAUUCUGAAGAGAGCGAUUUGUCGGAUGAUCCGCUUGCGGAGGUCGAUUUGGACAACAUCCUUCCUUCAAGGACGAGGAGGCGAACGGUUCACCCUGGAGUUUAUUUCGCUACGGAUCUGGGGAACGACGACGAUGAUAGCAGUGAUAGCGAUGCUUGAAACGUUCAAGAAGGUCAGUAAAAUUCGGCAAUCGAACCUUGGAGUUAGUACAACUGAUAUGAGUUGAUGUUUCUCAGUUUUAUCUUCUUUAGGGAUAAUGCAGCAAUGUAAUGAGUUACUCCAACAAUUUGAUUUUUAAGGUUACAUGUUUUCUUGUUUUUCCACUUUGAUAUCGGUAGCAUUGAGGAUCGCUUGCAUCUAUGGCUUUCUUUAAUACGCCUUUUUCUUAGAAGUUUUUCUUUGUAGGGGGAUUGUACUCAUCAAUCCAAUCUUAAUUGUAAGCCAAAAGUAAUGGAUAGCAAUGGAGUUUGUAACAUUUGAUUCUUCACUUAUUGGAUAUGUUAGUGAUGCCAAAUACUCUUGCACAUUGAAAAGCAGUUUUUUUGAGAUUUA